CCGGCGCCUCGCAGGGCAGGGACCCCGGGGCCGAGCGCGCCGCCGGGACCCCGCCCGUGCCCGCGCGCCGGAGCCAGCCAGAAAAAUCCGUUUUCUUCUGCGGAGGGCGAGCCCGGACAGCGUCGACGUCGCGGGUCUGGUAACAUGGCCAAAGAUGCCGGUCUAAUUGAAGCCAACGGGGAACUCAAGGUCUUCAUAGACCAGAACCUUAGUCCUGGAAAAGGCGUGGUGUCCUUGGUCGCUGUCCACCCCUCCACAGUGAGCACGCUGGGGAAGCAGCUGUUGCCAAAAACAUUCGGACAGUCCAAUGUCAACAUUGCACAGCAAGUGGUAAUUGGUACGCCUCAGAGACCUGCAGCGCCCAACACUCUGGUGGUAGGAAGCCCACACACCCCUAACACUCACUUUGUCUCACAGAACCAGCCUUCAGACCCCUCACCUUGGUCUGCCGGGAAGCGACACAGGAAAGGGGAGAAGAACGGGAAGGGCCUGCGGCACUUCUCCAUGAAGGUGUGCGAGAAGGUGCAGAGGAAGGGGACCACGUCCUACAACGAGGUGGCCGACGAGCUGGUCGCUGAGUUCAGUGCCGCCGACAGCCACAUCCUCCCGAACGAGUCCGCUUACGACCAGAAGAACAUACGACGGCGCGUCUACGAUGCCUUGAACGUGCUGAUGGCCAUGAACAUCAUCUCGAAGGAGAAGAAAGAGAUCAAGUGGAUCGGCCUGCCCACCAACUCGGCUCAGGAGUGCCGCAACCUCGAGGUGGAGAGGCAGAGGCGGCUUGAAAGGAUCAAGCAGAAGCAGUCUCAGCUCCAGGAGCUCAUCCUGCAGCAAAUUGCCUUCAAGAAUCUGGUGCAGAGGAACCGGCAGGCGGAGCAGCAGGCCAGCCGGCCGCCCCCGCCCAACUCCGUCAUCCACCUGCCCUUCAUCAUCGUCAACACCAGCAAGAAGACCGUGAUCGACUGUAGCAUUUCCAAUGACAAAUUCGAGUACCUGUUCAACUUCGACAACACAUUUGAGAUCCAUGACGACAUAGAGGUCCUGAAGCGGAUGGGGAUGGCCUGCGGGCUGGAGUCCGGGAGCUGCUCCGCCGAGGACCUGAAGACGGCGAGGAGCUUGGUGCCGAAAGCACUGGAACCUUACGUGACAGAGAUGGCUCAGGGAUCCCUUGGAGGGGUGUUCGUCACGUCGUCAGUGUCGACCUCGAAUGGCACGCGGCUUUCUGCCAGUGACCUGACCAAUGGUGCGGACGGCAUGCUGGCCACGAGCUCCAGCGGGUCCCAGUACAGCGGCUCCCGGGUGGAGACCCCCGUGUCCUACGUCGGGGAGGACGAGGAGGAGGACGACGACUUCAAUGAGAACGAGGAGGAGGACUGACGCCCGCCCGCGGCCCGCCCUCACCGUCUGUCUGGAGCGCUGGUUUCGGGAGCGGCUGCUUCUGCUGUGG